AUGACUACAGCGGGGAUGGAUCUGCGUCUGCUGAGGGCGCACCAAACAACCACUGCAACUUUGCCAAUUCUGAGCCCCACGGAAAAUGACACGACAUGCGGGAUGCAGAUUCUCAGCCACGGGAAUGUGGAGAAGGUUAUUAUCGGAGGAGUUCUCACUGUGCUCACUUUGCUCACCAUUUGCGGGAACUUACUUGUGGUGAUAUCCGUGUGCUUUGUGAAGAAGCUGAAGCAGCCCUCCAAUUAUCUCAUCGUUUCCCUGGCGGUCGCGGACCUGUCUAUAGCGGUGGCGGUGAUGCCUUUUGUCAGCAUCACGGACCUCAUUGGGGGGCAGUGGAUCUUCGGACAGGUGUUCUGCAACGUUUUUAUUGCCAUGGACGUGAUGUGUUGCACUGCAUCAAUCAUGACCCUGUGUGUAAUAAGCAUAGACAGGUACCUAGGCAUAACUAAACCCUUGACCUACCCUGUGCGACAGAGUGGGAGAUGCAUGGCCAAAAUAGUUCUGUCUGUGUGGCUGCUGUCGGCCUCCAUCACCCUUCCCCCGUUGUUCGGCUGGGCCCAGAACGUCAACGACGACAAGGUGUGUCUAAUCAGCCAGGACGUGGGCUACACUAUCUAUUCCACCGCCGUCGCGUUCUACAUCCCCAUGUCGGUGAUGUUGAUGAUGUACUACAACAUCUACCGAGCGGCCAAGGCGAGUGCCGCCAAGCACACCAUCCAAGGCUUCCCCAAGGUGGAGGACGAAUGCAACAGUGUUGACUGCGUGGCCGCGGCCCUUAAGCUCCAGAAGGAGGUAGAGGAGUGCGCCAGUUUCUCUCGUCUGCUGAAGAACGACAGGAAGAACAUCUCCAUCUUCAAACGGGAACAGAAGGCGGCCGCCACCCUGGGCAUCGUGGUGGGGGCCUUCUCCGUCUGUUGGCUGCCCUUCUUCCUUCUGUCCACGGCCAGGCCCUUCAUCUGCGGGCCGGAGUGUAGCUGCGUUCCCCUCUGGGUGGAGAGGUUCCUGCUCUGGCUGGGCUACGCCAACUCCCUCAUCAACCCCUUCAUCUACGCCUUCUUCAACAGGGACCUGAGGACCACCUACCGUAACAUCCUACUCUGCAGGUACAGGAACAUCAACCGCAAACUCUCCGCCGCCAGCAUGCACGAGGCCCUCAAACUGGCUGAGAGACCAGAUCUGGUGAUCUAG